AUGACAGAUACUUGUGCGACCGGCGAGGAUGGUGGUGGCAUGAAGGCGAUUGGCGGUGCAGAGAUUGUUCCUGACGGUAGACCGGACAACGAUGGAGUCCGGUCGGAGGAUACGGAAUCUGGUUGCUGCAAACCUCCGAAGUACUGCAAAUUCAAGAACACGAACGCAACAUCGACGAUCCCUGAUUCCGCAACCGCUUCGUCGUCCCCUGAUUGCUUAGCGUGGAGCAACAACCUGCACCAGCUCUGCUACUCUUGCAGCUCGUGCAAGGCGGGCGUCGUCGCAGUUCUUCGACGCGGAUGGAAGAAGCUCACCAUUGCCAACCUCAUCCUCCUCAUCGUCGUCAUCAUCAUGUCCUCUCUCACGUGCUGCGCGUUGAGGAACAACAGGCGCCGGCGUCACGUAACUGGAGCUCACCCUUGA